AUGAACCUGGACCCGGAUACUGGCCUGGUGACCCAGUACUCAGCCUCACAGAAAGAAGGCUCCUACCCAUCUACUUGGAAGUACAGGCAUGAGGGGCAGUUGGUUCAACAGUUUAAGAAAAAGCCAUUACCUCCUCUACCUCCUGAGGCUUUGGAAGACUACUCACAAAAGAUCAAAGUUAUUGCACUCUAUGACUUUUUUGCUAGAGGACCCUAUGAUUUAACACUCAAGAAGUCAGAAGAAUACAUUAUCCUUGAAAAGUAUGACCCCCACUGGUGGAAGGCAAGAGACCAAUAUGGGAAUGAAGGUCUAAUUCCCAGCAACUAUGUAACUGAGAACAAACAAAACAACUUAGAAACCUAUGAGUGGUACUGCAAAAACAUAAACAGGAGCCAGGCAGAACUUCUAUUACAGCAGAAGUCCAAAGAAGGCGCAUUUGUGGUCAGACAUUCAAGCCAACAGGGACUUCUCACGCUCUCUGUGUAUUCGCGGUCUAAAGGAAGUCAUAGCGGAGGCAUUCGACAUUACCAAAUUAAGAAAAACCACCUGGAACAAUAUUAUGUAGCAGAAAAAUAUCUCUUUUCAUCUAUUCCUGAACUCAUCCAAUAUCAUCAACAGAAUGCUGCAGGGCUUAUCACUCGUCUACGGCAUCCAGUUGGAUCAAUGGGAUGUUCUUCACCAGCAACAGCAGGAUUUAGUUAUGAAGAGUGGGAGUUAAACCCAUCUGAGCUGACGUUCAUGAAAGAGCUUGGGCGUGGGCAGUUUGGAGUCGUUCAGCUGGGUAAAUGGAAAGCAACCAUCAAGGUUGCCAUCAAAACGAUCCAUGAAGGUGCAAUGUCUGAAGACGAUUUCAUUGAGGAGGCCAAAGUGAUGAUGAACCUAUCCCACCCGAAGCUGGUCCAGCUUUACGGAGUGUGCACACACCACAGGCCUCUCUACGUUGUGACCGAAUUCAUGGAGAACGGCUGCCUCCUCAACUACCUUCGGCAAAGACGAGGGAAACUCAGCAGAGAGGUCCUGCUAGGCAUGUGCCAGGACGUGUGUGAAGGGAUGCAAUAUCUAGAAAGAAACAGAUUUAUUCACCGUGAUUUAGCUGCAAGAAACUGUUUGGUCAAUGCUAAACACGUUGUUAAGGUAUCCGACUUCGGGAUGGCAAGGUAUGUCAUUGAUGAUGAAUAUAUCAGCUCUUCAGGUGCCAAGUUUCCAGUCAAAUGGUCUUCUCCUGAAGUCUUUCAUUUCAAAAAAUAUAGCAGCAAAUCAGAUGUCUGGUCAUUUGGUGUACUAAUGUGGGAAGUUUUCACAGAAGGCAAAAUGCCUUUUGAUAGCAAGUCAAAUUCAGAAGUUGUCCGUGAGAUUUCUGAGGGUAACCGACUUUAUCGACCGUAUUUGGCAUCACAUACUGUCUACAAAGUCAUGUACAGCUGCUGGCACGAGAAACCUGAAGGACGUCCUACUUUUGCAGAGUUACUAGAGACCUUAACGGAUAUAACAGAGAUGGGAUAA